AUGGAUUUCUUCAGAUUUCUUUUCAUCUUACAAGUCGUCCCUGUUCGGGAAUUUUCUCCCGAGGAUCAAGGCGGUGACGACUCAUAUAAGAAGCCUGUUAAUUAUCGUGGACUUUAUCCGAGCUUUCCCAUAAUGAUUCACUUGCAAGCUGGACUAUUAGGACUCGCCAAUCAUUUGCUAUUCCACAAGUAUGAACCCACGGAUGCAAUAUUCGGACAAGCUAUUCUGUUGUUGCUUUUGGAGCCUCUGGUUCUCAGCUUCAUGUCAUGGACGUACUCUACUGGCUUCGUGAGAUUGCCUCCACAUCAUCUGGUGUUCAGCGCGUACACCACCUUUUACGCUGUAUUGAUAACCUCUAUCGUCCUUUACCGAGUUUCGCCCUUCCAUCCUUUGGCCAAAAUUCCAGGUCCUAUAUUGUUCAAAAUCACCAAAUUCGCACCUCUCUGGUAUCAUUGGCAAGGACAGCAGAGCUCACUUUUCAUGUCGCUCCACGCUCAAUACGGGCCUGUCGUCCGAGUUGCACCAAAUGAAAUAUCUGUGGCAGAUGUUGAUGCAGUAGGUGCAGUUCUCGGCAGUGGGGGCUUACCGAAAGGGGCAGCUUAUAUCAGAUUCCGUGUAGUGAGUGGACCAGAGAACUUAGUCACGAUGAACGGCGAUCCGCAUGCAGCCCGCCGCCGAUUAUGGAAUCGAGCUAUGAGCACCGAGGCUCUACAGGAGUACGAAUCUAUCGUUGCAAGCCGGGCGCACGAACUGGUUGACGCACUGGAUGCCCAGAUUUCGACGAAAGGUGCAGUCGAUAUGACCCAGUGGCUUAACUUCUUCUCAUUCGAUUUCAUGAGUGACCUAGGAUUUGCUGCGGGAUUUAACAUGAUGAAGGAGGGUGACGUGCACAAACUUUGGCCUGGUCUUCAUCUUCACAUGAGAGGUGUCUGCAUAUUGUCACAUCUACCAUGGAUCCCAGACAUUAGAAACCGUUUACCUUGGUUCACUAUGCCUCUAUGGCCCAUUGCAAGAAAAUGGUCUGCCAAUCGUUUGCGUAAUCCUUCUCAAAAAAAAGAUAUCUGGUACCAUCUUAUGGAUGAAGCCGGAUUAGAAAAAGUCAAACCGAGCCUGGCUGAAGUAGGCGCCGAUGCGGUCCUCACUGUAAUUGCGGGGGCUGACACUACUUCUUGUGCGCUCGCUGCGCUGUUUUGGCUUCUUCUGUCCCAUCCGGAAUGUUAUAAACGCCUACAGCAAGAAAUCGAUGUAGUUUAUCCUUCUGGUUCCGACCCUCUCGAUGUAUCAAAACAUUCGCAACUCCGAUACUUAGCUGCUUGCAUCCAAGAAGCUUUGCGUCUUCUACCGCCUGCGCCCGUUAGUGGUGCAAGAGAAGUCCCGCACGGCAGCGGCGGCACAGAGAUUGCUGGACACUUUCUCCCUGAAGGCACGCAAGUCUGGGCUCCACCAAAAGUCUUCCACCUCAAUCCAUCGUAUUUCUCUCCUAGAACGGAUGAAUUUGUCCAGAGCGUUGGUUAA